AUGCCUACGGCGAUACUUCCUUCCAAGCCAGAUGCCCCUAUUGCCUAUGAGCUUUACCAAGGCGAUGGGGCAAGCAGUCUCCUUAUCGUCUGCUUGAACGGCCUUGGACUUCCACAAGCCGUUUGGAAGCCCACCAUUGAACUUAUACGUAAAUCUGGGUUCUCUCCUAUGCCGUGGAUACUUACGUAUGACCGAUAUGGACAGGGUGCCUCUCCAAGAGAUCCGCGUGAAAGCUGGGCGAACAAGGAUCCCGGAUAUGCACACACGCUAGACGAUGUCACCGACGAUCUCCACGAGUUGAUUCAAACUCAAUGCCCCGAUCGUUCCUCACGUAUUGUCUUUGUGAAUAACAGCAUAGGAGCACAUAUUGCCCGAAGAUAUGCUGACAGGUAUCCUACAGUUGUCGAAGGAAUCCUAUUCCUUGAUUCUAAUCCUGGAAAUACUGACUACGAGAGCAUCUGGCCGAAUCCGAAGGACCCGUCUUUUAAUCUAGAACAGAUGACUCCCCCUGGCACAUCGCUUGAUGUAUAUGAAGCUGCUUAUAACAAGAUGACAACAAUAUUCGCAGCAAGUGCGAAAAAUAACGAGGGGUUUGAUCGACGGGAGAUCAAGAAUAUUCUUCCCGAUCCAUCGAAGCCAAAACUUAAGGGGUCGAAGUGUUCAGAUAAAGGCCCUUGGGUGACAGUUGUGGGCCACGAGCUUGAACAAUUUUCUCGGGAAGAGUGGACCAUGAUGAAGGUCCCUUUGGGCAUGGCAGCUAUGUAUACUCAGCCUAUGUGGGAAAAGUACAACGAGGGACUCUGUGGGCUGACUGAUCCAGAAAGAGCAAAAGGGCCACUUGUCGCACCCAAGUCUGGACACUUUAUCCAAAAGGACAAUCCGUCUUUCGUCGCUGAGCAACUAGAAGACAUUAUUAAGAAGGUCGACAAUUCUCGCUCACUUCCUUAG